AUGUCUUUCUUCAGCAAAUUCCGUGCUUUUCCCGAAUGGCGUGAUGCUUCAUCAAAUCUUGAAGACGCUGUAAAGAGUGAUAAGAAGUUCAUUGAAGCUUUCGUUAAGUCAACAGAGACUUCUUUUGUCGAAUUUGUUCGCAAACAACACGAACAGAUCAAUGAUCCUCUUUUCCGCGUAGCUGACAAGUUCCCAACAAUCAAGCAAGCUAGAGGAACAGAAUGCAACAACCUCAUCAAAUUUAAAGAGGACUUCGAUAAAAUUAAAACAAUCUGGGAUGACUUUGAAACAAAGAAGAAGGCACAUGCCAAGGUUACAGAGAAUUGCGAAAAGUCAAAGAAGAAUGCAGAAAAGGCAGAACAAAAUCUUACAAAGGCUCGUGCUAGAUCUACCAACGAGAUUGAGCUUCAAAAGGCAGAAAACAACUUCGAUAUUGCUAGCCGUCAAAAGCAAGUUGAUAUUGCCAACUUUGAAGAGUCUGAGAGAAACAUGGCAUUCGCAAUCAAAGAAUACAAGGUUCAGCUUUUCCAGCAAAUUCUUGUAUCUAUUUCCAACUAUGCUUCUUCGAACACUACAAACUCUGCCUCACUUUACCAGAUUGGCGAAGAUAUGAAGCUUACUGCUUCUACAAUCCCAACUCCAGAAGAUCCAACAGUACGUGACCUUACAACACAACUCCAGGCUCUUCGUGCCGAGCCUAUUGAUCAAUAA